AUGGGCAACAACAAGCGUCGUCGUCAGCAGCGCGUUAAGGCCGUGGGCGCGCAGGUAGAGGAGAGUAUUCGACAAGAUGCAGAGGACAAGAAGCUUAAGCAUGUGGGGGCCGACCAGCUUUUCCAGGUGGACAGCAAGGGCGGCGAUGUGUCUGCUCCUAUAACCAAGAAGCAGAAGCUCGAGAAGCUACAGAAGGACCCACUGCUGGCCAGUACGCGCAAAUUCGACGCUGCGAAGGCCCAUAAAAGCGAAUCAUUGGCCGUAAAGAAACUGCAGCAGAACCCUCCGUUAGAACAACAGAACCCCAAGAAAACUACCAAGGUCAAAGACCUCUGGAGUCAGGACGGCAGUGUCAAGGACGACGAAACGAACCAGCAACUGGACGAGUACGUGGCGCCUGUGGUGGUCAAGAAGACCAAGAGGCGUAAACUAUUGGCCUCUACCAAGCACAAUAUCCCGACUGUGGAGGUGGCGGCUGCAGGCCAGUCGUACCACCCGGACUUUGACUCGCACCAAGAUGUCAUGGCCGAGGCUGUGGCAAAGGAGCUGGAGAAGCGUGAAAAGAGAGCGCAACUACAAGAGCCUGUGGCCAAGGGCAUGUCGGAGGAGACUUUGCAGACGACGAAGACACGGACAGGACGACGCUCAAGCGGCCGGAGAAGGUGA